AUGGAGAACCAACCGCAGGACGUCGACCAGUCCAAGUACAUUGACAAUGCUAUUCGCGCCGUCCGUGAGAAGAAGCCGCUCCCCGAGAUUGACUUCACCCUGCAUACUAUGGAGGAUGGAAACCAAGUGAGCACCCAGGAACGUGUGUGCAAAGACGUACAAGCACCCGCCUUCCACCCGCCCACCGACGAGCAAUUCUUCUCCCCGCAAGAUCGCACAAAGCCCAACAUUCAAUUUCUGAAGCAGCACUUCUACCGCGAAGGUCGCUUGACCGAACAGCAGGCGCUAUGGAUCAUAAAGAAGGGCACAGAGAUCCUCAAGUCGGAACCCAACAUGCUGGAGAUGGACGCACCCAUUACCGUGUGCGGUGAUGUUCACGGGCAAUACUACGAUCUCAUGAAGCUGUUCGAAGUCGGUGGCGACCCAGCAGAGACGCGCUACCUCUUCCUGGGAGACUACGUCGAUCGCGGCUAUUUCAGUAUAGAGUGCGUUUUGUACCUCUGGUCGCUCAAGAUCUGGUACCCCAACACCCUCUGGCUUCUACGAGGAAACCACGAGUGCCGCCAUUUGACCGACUACUUCACAUUCAAGCUCGAAUGCAAGCACAAGUACUCCGAGGCCGUGUACGAGGCCUGCAUGGACUCGUUCUGCGCACUCCCCUUAGCGGCUGUUAUGAACAAGCAGUUCUUGUGUAUACACGGUGGAUUGAGUCCCGAGCUCCACACUCUGGACGACUUGAAGAGCAUUGACCGUUUCCGCGAGCCACCUACCCACGGCCUCAUGUGCGAUAUUCUCUGGGCUGAUCCUCUCGAAGAAUUCGGCCAGGAGAAGACCAACGACUUCUUCGUUCACAACCACGUCCGCGGAUGCUCAUACUUCUUUUCGUACCCCGCUGCGUGCGCUUUCCUCGAGAAGAACAACCUUCUGUCAAUCAUCCGCGCACACGAGGCGCAAGAUGCUGGAUACCGAAUGUACAGGAAAACACGGACGACUGGUUUCCCCAGUGUCAUGACAAUCUUCAGCGCGCCGAACUACCUCGACGUAUACAACAACAAGGCUGCGGUUCUGAAGUACGAGAACAACGUCAUGAACAUCCGACAGUUCAACUGCACACCGCAUCCGUACUGGCUGCCUAACUUUAUGGACGUCUUCACAUGGUCAUUGCCAUUUGUUGGCGAAAAGAUUACUGACAUGCUCAUUGCGAUCCUAAACACCUGUUCGAAGGAGGAGCUCGAAGAGGAGACGCCCAGCUCUCUGGCUUCCGGUCCAUCAUCGCCACCCCUCUCCAGCCUCGACCCAGAUUCGACCGAGUUCAAGCGACGUGCGAUCAAAAACAAGAUUCUGGCGAUUGGUCGCCUCUCUCGUGUGUUCCAAGUGCUGCGCGAGGAGUCUGAGCGUGUCACUGAGCUCAAGACUGCAUCGGGUGGUCGACUUCCCGCGGGUACGCUCAUGCUCGGUGCGGAGGGAAUCAAGCAGGCGAUCCACAGCUUCGAGGACGCACGCAAGGUUGAUUUGCAGAACGAGAGGCUCCCGCCGAGCCACGAAGAGGUGCGAAAAUCUCAGGAGGUUAGCCGAGAGCAGGCUCUCGAGAAGGCCACCAAGGAAGCCGACAACGACCAAGGUCUCGCGACUGUCGCAAGACGCAUUAGCAUCCCGAUGCCUCCAUGGGUGGCCUCAGUGCCGCGACUGACGAUCUUUCGCAAGACAGGACCGACUGAUCGACUCCCGCUUGCGCGUCGCUGUCGCAAUGUCCUCACUUCACGCCCGACCACCAGCCUCCGCGUGCGCUCCGCAUCGACGCAUGUCUCCCCGACCGCGAUAAAUCUGCGCCCGCACAUCCCACCUCGGAACAAGGAGUUGUACGAUGCACUGUCAGCGCUUAGUGGAGCCGCCGAGACCUACGUCAAUAUAAGCAGAUUGCAAUUGGCAUUGCGGGGUCUGGCGGCGCAGGAUGCUGUGACAAGAGUCGCUGUUCUCGGUUUGAACAGCCAAUUGAGUGCGCAGCAGCUUGCACGGCUACUACUCGCAGAUCCACUCAGUGCUGAGGAGCAGUGGGAGAAGGAACUGGUGAAAUCAGGCGACAACAGCGAGAGAGCGGUAUUGCUAAAAUACGGCGACGAUGCCGAUGCACAUGCGCCUUCGCCCCUCUACAAGGUCCUCUCCAUACCCUCACGAACCCUUCAAUCGCACAACCUAGAGGUCCUCAUCUCUACCAUCAACGUCAAUGUCGCAAAGUCCCUACCCCAUAUGGUAACAGAGAGCUCCACCGAAUCGUUGCUGGUUCCCAAGCUCCAGGCCACUUCCGCACGAGGAUUGCCCGUCCCAUACCCGGUACACAAGACUCUAGUAUUAGGAGAAGGUCUGGACAGCGCCAUAGCAUUUGGCAGAUUCUCGGCGGAUGGUCUGGACGAGAUGGAUGAUAUGGUGAAGAUGGCCGUCGACCUCCCCGCUCCGUCGGACGAAGUCAAAUCAGAUACCCACGCCGCAAGCGCUCCCAUCAACCUCCAAGUUGGCACGAAAGCGCUCGACAGCUUCCGCGAGUCGAUCCAAAAUUCCAUCAUCUAUGAGCGAGGGUGGUUCAAAAGUGGUUUGCCAACGCUGUCGGAGUGGUUAGUCCAAGACCUUCAGGCCACAGACGCUAUCAAGCCCCCGAUGAAGACGCUUGUAGCUUCUAUAGCCGACGAUGUAGAAGCGAGCAUCACCAAACAAGACGCUGCUCGAUUGCAACAGCUUGCUCCGGUCCAGACACAAUCAGACGUCACAACCUCCAUCGUCGGUCAUCUCGAGACCUGGGCUGAGAAGUCUCAUGCGGAGCUCCGUGACGAGCUUGAUGAAGCCUUCACGGCUCGAAACUGGCACAAGUUGGCUUGGUGGAAGCUUCUCUGGCGUGUGGACGACGUCACGAUGAUAAGCUCGGAGAUCCUCGAGCGGCGAUGGCUCGUCUCAGCGGAGAAGAACAGCAUCUACCUCGCCGGUCGCAUGAACCAAGCUGGUUUCCCAGAUGACGUCCAACAUCUCGCCGUUGCCGAUAUCCCGGAAGUGACAACGCAGGACACAGCGCCGACAGCAGAGAACCCGCGAAUAGAUCUAUCCACCAACGUCCGGAAACCAAUACCAUGGCCCCAACACAUCGCAGCUGCUCGCACAGAACUCAUCAACGACACCGUGCCACCUCUGCAGGCACUCGCUCAACGACUUCUCCUACAAACCUUCAGCACAACGUCCCUCUCGUCUGCUGCCUCAGCACUGCUCUACGCCUCCAUGUCCACCUUCUCCGUCUUCGAGGCUUCAGCCGUCGCGGCACUCGGUCUUACGUUUUCUCUUCGCCGCAUGCAGAAACUAUGGGAAGGUGCCAGAGAAUCAUGGGAGGGUACCCUGAGAGAAGAGGGUAGACGCACGUUGAAGGGUACAGAGGAGAGAGUCAGAUUCAUCAUCAAGAAUGGAGGCAAGGAGUACGUUGAAGAUGAAAGUGUAGCUGAGAGAAGGGCAGCGAGGGAAGCUGUAGCAAAGGUCAGAGAGGCACUUGAGCGGAUGGACGGUGGAGAUGGCAAGGGAAGUGUAUGA